AUGACCUGCGCAAGUAUUAGUCUAACAUGUCUGAAACCUGGCCAGUAAGAAGCGUUUCCGGUGUGAAAUAAUCAUGCUUUUAGGGUCACUGGAAACAUGAUUAGCGGGGCAGCCCAGCAACACAAGAAGAGGUUGAUCCCGCUAAAAAAGACCGAUGCUAUGUACCUGGCUGAUCGGCGGACUGGCAAGCUUUUGGACGAAAUCUACUCGAACGGCACCAACGUGUUUCAGGUAACAAAAAAAGCAAGCAAAUCACCUUAUCUUAGCAUGUCUUUCCGCGAAAGUGCAACGAAGACAGAGAGCCCGAGUUCCUGAGACUUAGCAUCGGCGGUACUACUUUUUUAAUCCUUGUGGAUAGCUUACUGCGAGCAGAUGUAACAACCGGAUUUCUGACGAAAUUUGUACAGCUAACGCAUGAAGCUCGCUUAAAAGUAAGUUCUUUGUUGUUGUUUGGUUAAUGUAUGGUUGUUAAAUAAUUGUAAAUUUGCAGGUUGCAGAUGCAUACUUAAGCGAAGAAAACAUGUACUUCUUUCAACGGUCUGCGAACUCUUUUGAGGCCAUAUUUCAGUACUACGCGACCGGAGUGGUGCAUCGGCCGCCAGAAGUCUGCCCUUCCGCGUUUCUAGCCGAAUUAGAGUUCUGGCGAAUUCCUUCAUCGUACGUGGGCUCAUGCUGCGCCGAAAUCGUGCCUCGAGAAAAACCGGAAGAAAAACCAGAAGAGAAAGUAUGUAGAAGAGCUAAUUGCCAGUGUUUUAAAGGGCGAAAUCAGGCCUGUAACUAUUAUCCUUUCAGAUAGAUGACACAACGUUUGAUAAUCUAAUUUGUGGCAAACUUCGAAGACGGAUGUGGACGUUUCUGGAGAGGCCCGGCUCCUCAUUUCAAGCCAAAGCAUUUGAGCUCUCUUCCACGUUGUUUGUCGCCAUUUCGGUGAUGGGAUUGAGUUUCGGCACAAUUCCAGAGUUUCAAGUAAGGCGUCGGCUUGAGUAAAAACAAUACCACCUAGGUCACGAAAGAGAUGCCGCCGGUCAACGAAACCAUCGUUCUGCCGAACGGCACGGUCAUGGUGAUAGAGAAGAUGGAACAAAUACGGGUAGAGCACACAUCUUUUGUAUUCACAGAAAGGAUAUGCAUCGCAUUUUUCACGGUGGAGUACUGUUUGCGAAUGUUCGCGGCGCCGCGAAAGAUUCGGUUUGCCAUGAAAGCUUUGAAUCUCGUAGAUUUGCUGGCUAUUGUGCCUUUUUACCUCGAGCUUUUACUAACGUUGUGCGGAGUCGAUGACCGAAUGCUUAGGGACCUUCGCUGGGCCUUCUUGGUAGUGCGUAUUUUGAGAGUGCUCAGGGUUAUUAGAAUCAUCAAACUGGGUCGCUUUAGUUCCGGUCUUCAAACCUUUGGCAUGACGCUGCAGCGGAGUCAGAAGCAGCUUCAGAUGAUGACGAUCGUGUUGUUGACUGGAGUUGUCUUCUUCUCCACGAUGAUAUACUUUUUGGAGAAGGACGAGGAUGGGACCCCUUUCACCAGCAUCCCAGCUGCGUAUUGGUGGUGUAAGUUGAAAGUGUGAACUGCCUUAAUCCAUCUUUGUAUUUUAGGUAUUGUCACUAUGACAACGGUAAGUUAAACAGUCGAUGUUCUCAAGUUCUUAAAGGUCGGUUAUGGUGAUGCGGUUCCGGCGACAACGUUUGGCAAAGUGAUAGCGUCCGCAGCGAUUAUGUGCGGCGUUUUGGUAAGUUGGACAUGAUAAAAGACGGACUUUGUAGGUACUUGCCUUGCCAAUCACCAUCAUUGUGGACAACUUCAUAAAAGUGGCGCAGGAUGAGCAGCAACAAGAACAAAUCAAGGUUAGUUUCGAUGGGGUUUGGGCUUUUUUAUUAAUAAGGUUAUAAUAUUUUAAUAUAAAGAAUUUCUGGUUACAUCCAUUUUUUAGGAAGACGAUGACCAAUGA